CACACACAGUAAUGCACUAGCAGACAUGUUGCUGGGUCUGUUUGGCAGGGUGGGGUGGAAGAGCUGGUUCCCCUGUAUUCCAUUCACUGAUCAUGCUCACUGAGUGUCAGUUUGCUGCUCAGACCAGGAACAGCCCCGCAGUGUGAACGAUGAAGGCCACACUCCAUGCUCUCAGUUUCGUCCUGGUCUGUCUGGUGGCCUAUUACAUCGCCAUAGUUUCCCAGAUGAAAGAGGAGCUGUCGGUGGAGAAGCACAGUGAGGGUUCCCACAGCAGCCAGGAGGACCACAGCCCCAGCCCUGCCCCGGUGGAAGAGCCAGAAGAGCCAGUGGAGUCCCUGCAGGAUGUGGAAAACGUUCCGGACCAGGAUUCAGCAAACGUUCCAGACCAAGAUGUUGCAAAUGCUCCGGGCCAGGAUGCAGCAAACGUUCCGGACCAGGAUGGGACAAACGUUCCGGACCAGGAUGGGACAAACGCUCUUGGUGCAGCGCCAGCAGAAGUCCCCGAAGCUCAAGAAGAGGAGACACAGCAGCCACACCCACUGGCCCGAGGAUGGGGUGAAGACAUUGACUGGGUGGAGACGUAUGAAGAAGCCCUGCGAAUGUCCAAAACCAGCAAGAAACCUCUCAUGGUCAUUCACCACCGGGAAAGUUGUCCUAUAUGCAAAGACUUGAAAGCAGCAUUCUCUGGCCACGAGGAGAUCCAGAGGAUGGCAAAGGAGGAGUUUGUCAUGUUUAACCUGAUGCACGAGACCAAGGACAGCAAUCUGGCCCCCGACGGCUACUAUGUUCCCAGGAUCAUUUUCGUUGACCCAGCCAUGGUGGUCAGAAGUGAUAUCACUAGACCCGGCAAGAAAUACAUGUACAGCUACACAGACAAUGACAUGCAGCAAUUGCUGGACAACAUGAAGAAAGUGAAGAUACCUCUCAACUUACCUGAACUGUAGCUCCCCUCACCACUAGCACCACCUACUGGAAGACCACGGAAUAGUCUCUGUGGUUUUGUCCAUGGAAAAUAAAUGUAAUUAAAAGCAUCCAUGUUCUAUUUAUUUGUCAAGGAGAGCUCAUUGGGCCUGUUAGCCAGAUAACUACGCUAACUACGAGUUAAACCCGGCCCCUGCCCAAAUCUGGAACAUUCACUGAAGUAAAAGAAGCUGCUGGCGUUCAGGAAUUCCCAAGUCUUUCAUGAAAAUAUUCACACAUGAUAGCAUUAAUGCAAUUUCAUAAAUGCCUAUAAACAAAUUGAAGAAAUAUUAAGAUCACAUAAUUCUGCAAAGACUUAAUACUUUACAGAAAUUAUUCAGAAAUAAUGGAUGCCAAUAUUUUGUAAGCCCAUUGGAGGGAUAGACGUGAUCAUGCACACCAGUGCGUACCAAGAUAUUUAGAUAACAUUGUUAACAAAACAAUGCUAUUUAAAUAUUUUGGUAUGUACUGGUGUUCAUGAUCACGUCUAUCUAUCUUAACAGGUGCUCCCGGACCUGUAGAAUUUGUUAUAUAAAAAUAAAAAAGACCACCUGCUAUAUUUCAAAAUGCAUGGGAUCUAUUCCUACAUAAAUUUCACCACAUGCAGUACCAUGUAAUUCCAAUGGAGGGAAAUAUAUUUUGUACAAACAGUUUUUCCAUUUGGCAAUAAAGGUGAAAGUCGAAAUGCG